GUGCCUUCUAUUUGCUCAACGCCCCACAUACCUGACCUAAUUUGAACGCUCGAUGACGCGCUGCCGCGUGCACCCGUCGCCAUUUUCAUUGUACAAUUAAAGCAGUGGCCAGACCAGAGGGAAUUUUUUCAUGUCAUUGUUUCCUAGAAAGGAAGGAUGCUGAACCUAGUAGACAUCCUCAGCGGAGCCAAUGGCUUUUGGAAAGGUCUCCGCAGUGAUGAUGACUUCUACGACCGCCUUAGCCACCGUUACACUGCCCUGAUAUUCAUGGUCUUUGCCGUCCUUCUCAGCACCAAACAGUACGUUGGAGACGCCAUCGUCUGCUGGGUGCCUGGCCAUUUCUCUGGCUCUUACACGAAAUAUGCAGACAAUUACUGUUGGAUCAAAAACACGUACUAUAUGCCUUUCCAGGAACGGAUUCCAGACCCAGACCUCCCACGUGCCCAUAUUAACUACUACCAGUGGGUGACUAUUGUACUACUGCUCCAGUCGCUUUUGUUUUACGUUCCAACGAUAUUUUGGCGUCUCAUGAGCGGCAGUACUGGCAUUGAUGCCCAUUUAAUGGUCCAGUCUCUAAACACACAAGCCAAUCUUAACCCAGAGAAUCGAAAAGGGGUCAUGAAGUUCCUUGUCCGUCACAUGGAAAGAUACUGUAAUUCAAGUCGUGACUAUCAGAAAGGUGUAUGGUCCAAUGUUCGCCAAGGCUGCGCAAAGUACUGUCUGGCCAUCGGCAAACGUUAUGGCAACUACUUGAUAACCCUUUUCCUAUUCUGCAAGUUCUUGUAC